AUGAGGUUGCAAGAACUUCAAGAUGCUAUAAACAAACUUCCAUUGAGACAUCCAAUUGACGUCAAAUUGUAUUGGAGAGCAUCUGAGUUAGGUCAGAAGGUUUUAUAUGAAACAGGUUGCUUCGACGAUGUUUAUGAGAUAACAGGAGAAGUUUCUCAGAAGAUAAGAGACUCGCUUGAAUUUCCACAAACUGGACCGAUUGGUUGCGACAAGUUUGACUCAUAUGAAAAGAUAUACUAUGUCGACCUUAACGCUGCGUACAUGAGGUUUGUCCAAUAUAUUCCAACUGGAAUUCCAAACGAAGACGGUGAGUUCCCAGGAAGGAACUAUACAGUUGGAAAAGUCAUACAACAACUGUAUGAUAUUAGGAAAGCUUCAAACCCCAAACUUGCAAUGACACUCAAAUUGCUUAUGAAUUCGACAUGGGGAUAUUCCAUUAAGAAACCUCAAGAGAUGAAGAGUAAACAUUAUGAGAAGGUCGACAACUUUGUUGAAAGGUUUUCUCCUUUUGUUUUGAAGUACGAAUUCACUCAAGGUCAAAGUGGCUUAGUAACCACAUUAAAACCUAUUGUCGAACAUUGGUCUUACCCUCAGUUCGCAAAGGCAGUCCUUGACAACUACAACAAAUUCUUCUCGGAAGUCAAAUCCAAAGUGAAGGUUUACUAUGAGAACAUCGAUGCACUCAUGACGAACGAAGAAGGCUAUAACAAACUCAUUGAAAUGGGCAUGGUCGGUGAAAAGAUGGGUCAAUUCAAAUUGGACAAAAUUUUCACCGAAGUUCAUGUAAUAUCGAAAAGGAAGUACUGGGGUGUUAAAGAAGAUGGUGAAAUAGUUAAACAUUGCAUGAAAUAA